AUGGUUCAACCACUGGAUAAUCCCUUCAUCCUCAUCGACAACGACUAUAUGGUGGCUGUUCCCAAGGUCAACUACACCGACUGUAUGCUGGCUGGCAACGCGGCUCGCAACGGGGACGUCUGGCCAGUGUACUAUGGACAGCAGCGUACCCAAGCGGUCCUGCCAAAGCACAAUCAAAAAGGGGGCCGAGUUGAGGUCGACCUCCAGCUCGAGGAGAGGAACCCAGAAACGGGCGAUGUUAUCUGGAGUAAAGAUGGGACGGUGACCGAUUCCUACGAGCCCUACUCGUUCAUCAAUGCGGAUAAUUGUCCCCGGAGCUUCAUCGAGGACUUUCACUUUAAACGCCACGACAUGUCCACCGACGCACAGAUUGCGGGCAGCAUCGGCGGAAGAGGGUUUCGCUUCAUGUUGAACAGCGUCAUGUGGCCACAGACAUGGCAUGGACACGACUGGCCGACCGGCUGCAACCUCUUCUUCAAGGUCGACAAGAGCGAGGCUACCCACGUUCAACUGUCGCCGCCGUACAAAGGCGAAUAUAGACUUAGGGCCGUCAUGCUCUACACCAAAGAUGACAGCCAGACGCAGAGCGCAAACUUUAUGAACUUCACGACCUCGGAGCAACCGUUCAUACUCAACCCCAAGGCCGCCCUGGCCAUCCGGAAGGAGGCCGGCGAUGACACGGAAAAGUACAUCUCAGCGAUUCGAGCCAUGGCUGAGGUCAAGGGCGACUUGCCGGCUGGGGGCACGGGGUGGAACGGCCGACCGCUCGAGUACGACGGACGCCAGAUGCGCGACCACAAGCUCAUGACGGUGGACUGGAAGGGCAAACAGAUCUUUAUCAGCAGCACAGGCAAGCUCCCGGAGGUCAGCCACGGCUUCGACGCGCUGAAGCUAAUCACGCUCAUGACCUUGACGUUUGCCCUGGUUGCCUCGGUGGUGACGGGGGACAUCCCCGGCGGCAUGGCUGCCGGGCUCGGCGUCGUCGACGCCAUCGGCGGCCUCGCGAUAGGCGCCGCCCUCACCGGGCCGAUUCAGUCGGGCUCCCAGGACCUCGUCUCGGGCCUCUCGUCGAUUGUGGACAAGAACGGGAAAAAGACGGACGCCUUGUUGAAGGACAUGAGAGAUUUUUCCAAGGAACACGGCACCAAGUGGCAGAGGAACCUCAUCGGGCAGCUCAUUGCAGCCAGAACGAAGCUGUGA